CGUGUGGACCACAGGGUGCCACAGGGGUGAAAUUUAAAGGGAGGGGCUGCUCGCGAAAAUGGCCGUUACGCACGGAGCAGAUCGUCCGGGGGUGGACGAGUGACGGGUGGCUGUUCGUCCGCGUCUACCGCACCGACCGCAAUUGACCCGACCGCCUCGCUCGACGAUCGACACGGUUUACCCGAUCGACGGCUAUUAUGCGGCGGCGGCCAAAAAGCGAUCCCUGCUCUGCUCUUCUUAAACCCCCACCAGACGCGCGACCUUCCAUCCCUUCCGUCGAGAGAUCAGGCCCACGCUUCGACAAUGCGCGUUAGAAAAGCUAAAUAGAAAAAAAAAGAGGAAGGGGAGUAAAAAUUAAGGAAAACUGAGGAAGAUGCCUGGCUCCUUUACAGGAGUUGUAAUUCUCCUCUUGUUAGGGGCAUCUGUGUCAGUGUCUUCGGAUGCUGCGAAGUCUCUGAGAGCGGCGAAGGCCAGGCUCAGAUCGUCUUACGCAUCGUGGCGGAUAGUGGUAUGUUUAACUCAGCCUCAGACUCCUUUCAAGUCAGACGUACAGAGAGCAUGGGAGGAAGCGAGAUUGGAAUCUUUACACGCGGACAUGGAUGUGUCGUAUGUAGAAGCAAGGAUGACACCCGUGACGGAUUCCUUGUCAUACCCCCUGUCACUGUUAAACAAAUUUUGUACAGACAUCGAAGGCGGAAAGACAGUACUAAGCCUUAUUAUAGGAGGAGGAUCGGCAGCCAGAUUUCUCGUCACGGCUGCUGCCGCCUUGAAUCUCCCAGCUCUGUGGUUGCCGUUCACGCACAGAGAUUUUCUCCGCCAGGGAAACCUUGGUCGGUUUGAAAAUCGCAUAGGUUCGAGCCCUAGAGAGGUCGGAGCAGCGGCUGCCGCCCUAAUGCAACGGGCUAACUGGCACGCGUUCACCCUCCUCAUUGACACCACUCUGCUGCCGGUGACCCAUCUUCUGCAGACAAACCAAUCAACGCUAACGCCUCGCGCGAUUAUACACCUGCCGACAAACGACAAAACUCUGAAAUGGAGGCUGAGGAGGGUAGCGGAAGAGGGUGGCACCGGUGGGGUUGUGGUGAUGGCUUGCGAUCUGAACAACGCUCGGAAGAUCCUCGGUGCGGCCGGCAAGUACGAGAUGCUGUCGGGAAGAUUCCUGUGGUUGUGGCUGGAUCUUAAAGCGGAACUGCGGCCAAACGAGCCUAACAUCAUCAGCUCGCACGUCGCGCACGGUUCGCGUACCUCGGCGAUCGCGACGAACGAAAAUCCGCCGUUGCUCGAGCGAGUGACGAAUCUCGCGGCGGAUAAUCAGCCACCGCCGCCACCGCCGCCGUUGAAUUCGCUACCGUUGAAUUCACUGCCGAAUCUGGCCAAUGACAUACAUCGGCUGCAGGAGUUCAGAUGGCAAGACGAGAAGAUUGUGACCAAGCGUGAGGACCGGAACUUCAAUUUUGACGACGAAGAAGACGUGAGGCUUCCGAGCGACAAGGAGCUCAACUCCAAGAGCUUCAUGCCGGUCGGCAUGCUCGCGCUUAGGCCGUCCGGCAUCAAAAUUAUGGGCGGCGACACCGUACUCUCUAGAAUCAUGAGGGAGACCUCGCAGGCGUUGGACGAGGCUUUCUUGGAAGCGAAGACGAGAUUAAGUCGCAUGCGCGAGCCGCAGCUCAAGGAGCACUUUAUGCCUAAUUGUUUUCCGGAACGCAAAGAUAAGUUUAUGACGAGCGACGUGAGGCAGAACGUCUCUGCGAUCCUGACGAGAAAGCUGAGAAGAUCCAUGGGACAGAUCUCCAAGGACAAAGCGGAGUUCCAGCUGCUGAACUUGCAGGCUAUCAGGUUCCCCGGGAAUAAAACUCAACUGAGGUGGACCAAGGUCGGCACUAUCAAAGGUGGCAGGGAGGUCCGCCUGGACACCAUAAUCUGGCCGGGUGGCGGCAUCAUGCCGGCGUAUCUCGAGCAGGGCGGCGAGAAGAUCGGAAUGCCGAUUUACAGCAUCGUGACCGCGCUGGCGUCGCCGUUUACCAUGGUCACGGAGCUGCAGGAGGGUUUCUGCUUGCGCGGCCUUAUCUGCCGGCAGGGUGACACCGUGAAGUGCUGCUACGGCCUGAGCAUGGACCUGCUGACUCUGGUGGCGCGAGAGCUCGGCUUUCGCUUCAACCUGUACCUCACCGAGGACGGACUGUUCGGCAAACGAAACGGCCGCAGCGGCGCGUGGAACGGCGUGAUGGGCGAGCUAGUGUCCGGCCGGGCGCAGCUCGCGUUCGCGCCGAUGAGCGUGUCCACUCAUCGCGCCGAGGUCGUCGAUUUCACCACGCCGUACUACUUCAGCGGCGUAAGCUUCCUCACGGCGCCGAAGCUACGCUCCGAGAUACCGCUGUUCGCGUUCCUGUUUCCGUUCAGCACGGAACUGUGGAUCGCCGUGUUCACGUCGCUGAACUUCACCGCGAUCGCCGUGGCGCUCUACGAGUGGUUCAGCCCGUUCGGUUUGAAUCCCUGGGGCCGGCAGCGUAGCAAGAACUUCUCCAUCGCAUCCGCACUGUGGGUGAUGUGGGGCCUCUUGUGCGGCCAUCUUGUGGCCUUCAAAGCGCCGAAAUCCUGGCCUAACAAGUUUCUCAUCAAUAUCUGGGGUGGCUUCUCCGUUAUCUUCGUGGCCUCGUACACGGCCAACAUUGCUGCUCUUAUCGCCGGUCUCUUCUUUCACUCUGCAGUGAGCAAUUAUCACGAUAAGAGCUUGCUGGCGCAGAAAGUCGGUGCGCCAAGAGCGUCCGCGGCCGAGUACUACGUGCAAAGGGCAAAUCCGCAGUUGUGGUCCCACAUGGCUCGAUACUCCCUAUCGGACGUCGCCGAGGGCGUGGAAAGAUUGAGAAACGGCUCUCUCGACAUUCUUAUCGCGGAUACGCCAAUCUUGGAUUACUACCGGGCGACCGACGACGGUUGUCGCUUACAAAAAAUCGGUGACACCAUCAACGAAGACACUUACGCGAUCGCGCUCACGAAGGGACAUCCCUUGAAAGAGAGCAUAUCUAAAGUUAUAUCGAAUUAUACGAGCAACGGGCUGCUUGAUAUUCUACAGGAGAAAUGGUAUGGCGAUCUGCCGUGUCUCGGAGGUCGACAAGCAUUAGACGCCGAACCGGGUGGUCAACCCAGGCCGUUGGGAGUAGCGUCUGUGGCCGGAGUGUUCUGCCUGCUCGGUAUGGGCGUGGUGCUAGGUGCCAUCAUACUGCUGGGAGAGCACCUAUUCUACAAGUAUACGUUGCCGCGAUUGCGGCACAGACCGGAAGAUUCCAUCUGGCGUAGUCGCAACGUGAUGUUCUUCUCACAAAAGUUGUACAGAUUCAUCAACUGCGUGGAGCUGGUCUCGCCGCAUCACGCUGCCCGGGAAUUGGUGCACACCGUGCGUCAGGGCCAGAUCGCGUCGCUGUUCCAGAAGAGUGUCAAACGAAAGGAACACGAACAACGUCGUAGGCGUAAGAGCAAAGCGCAGUUCUUCGAGAUGAUCCAGGAAAUCCGAAGAGUUCAACAAGAAGAAAAGAUUGAAUCGGUGCCCGAAGAGCCGGAGCCUACGAAAACAGUAAAGAAGGAUGAGAAACUGGGCAAAGGCAGAGAGAGAAGUCGCAGCAAGAGCCCGUUGAUGCCCCGCAGCCCGAAGCGUUCGGAGAAGAGCAGGAGCUCGACGAACUUGUCAGCGUCACGUCUCGGAUUAUCGUCGGUGAGUUUCGAUGCGCCAAUGAAGCCGCGCGAGUUCACGCUCAGCAGCACGAAUCUACGCGCGAGGAGCCCGCUGGAGACGGUCGGGCGUAGAUUGAGCCACGGGGACGGCGGCUCGCCACCGCCGCAUUUGGGCUCUAAUCUCGGCGGCAGCGCUACGUUGCGCCCGUUGGCGCCCACCAGGAGCGAUUCUACAGGUGGCGGCACGCCGACCGUCAGACGCGAUUCCGCGGCGGCCGGAGGCGGCGGUGCGCCCACGCCGAGGUACGCCCGCAGCCCGGCCAAGCGGGGUCAGUCGUUUCCGGUAUUCGCCACGCUGAGACCACCACAUUCGGCCAGCUACUCGCAGGCGUCCAAGAGCCCGCUCCUGUCGCCGAACAGCGAGCUCACGUCCGCCAUCGGGAGGAAAUUGUCGCGCGAGUGGGGCUCCGGAACAAUCGAUCUUACCAGAUCGUCGGAGACCAUAGGCGGCGGCGGCGGCGGCGGCGGUGCCGCCGGUGGCUCUACAUACACUUUGAAUCAGGAAAUGACACUUUCCCUGAGCCGUUCCGUGGACGAAGAGAAAACCCAGGAGGAAGCGUUGCCGAUAAAAAAGCCCAUACGACGUGCCCGCAGCCACGAAAAUCGCGACAGCGGCAAGCUGAUGGCGGACCUGCCGUCGCCGAGGCUAACCCAACAACCGGUGGUGGGCGGCCGGUCGGUGAGUGAGCGCACUAAGAAACAGCUGGAAUCCGAACUGAAGGCGAUUCUAAGUGCCAGGGCCCACCACCGCGAUCUGCAUCCCCCUUGAUAGGAAACUGCUCCGUAUUAAAAAACUGAGAGAGAGAGUACUUGAAAGCAAUCGGCUUUUGAUGGAUCGCGGAGCCUCUGAGGGGCUUUGAUUGAUUUAAGCAAUAUCAGAUUUAUAGGUCAAUUUGUAGAUCACGACAGUUUAUCAGAGAAAUUAAGAACUAGCGAGAGAGAAUCGAAAAUACGACGGAGCGCGUAAAUGAAGGAAUUUUUCUGCGUGCGGCGGGAAGCGGUGAAAGGGGUGAUGAUGGCGACUGGGAGAAAAUCUCUUUGAUUGUUCAUACGUUGUUACGUACAUUGAUAAUAUAGGAUUACGUCGAUAAACAAAAGUGCUAUAAACUCUAGUAGAGAUGUCUUAAAUAGGUAGCGAGGUACACACGAGUACUAAGAUAUUUUCUUGUUGGCAUUUUAACUCUACAUUAACCGUCAGCCUCGGUGAGUCUCUCUCUGAUUGCUAUGGUACCAGAUAUUGUACGCUGCAGUGUUUCUCAACUCCGAGGUCUCCGACGAUUCCGUCACGGUCUUACAAGCAGAUAAAAAGCUCUUUUAACUGCGAAACGGCAUCUAGACCAGGCCUGUCCAAGUUUAUCGGGCGAACGGAACCGCUUAUCUCCAUCCGCGACCGCCGUAAUUUUUUUUUUCGCCCCCUCCCUAACGAUAACAACCGAUUCACCGCACAGAUACAACGAACACGUGUCUACGCGACGAUUUAUGGGUGAAGCGUUUGACCCCAUUUGCUUCGUUCUUUGUUUUCUCGCGGUGUUAGAGAAACGGAAACAUUUCGCUCGCGCUGAGAUUAAAAACUGGGACAAGCCUGCGUUAGAUAACAUCCCUUUGGGAUUGUAAAUAUAUCAAGACAAACUAUAUAUUGUUCUCUCAUCUCGUUCAACGGACACAUGUAAAUAUGAUAAAGUACACGGACUUCGCGCAGACGAAACAGUGAAAGAGUAAACAAUUUGCGAAAGUUGAGAAACGCUGGUUUACCGAACUUCGUCGAAUUGGACUGCAUACUGCCACUUUAAUAAUUUCUGACUACGGAAGGAGAGAGACUCGCUCGAUGGACUCUCGGCGUAGAAUGACCACUUACUGCGAGAUAAUAUGCAUUAAUCUUACAAUUAUCGCGCCUGUCAAGGGGAAGAAACUUAGAAGCGGAUGGAAUUCUAAUCUAAUGUAUUCGUAACACGGAUUAUUCAAUACCGGAAUUCGACAGCAGUGUUUCGCGCUGCGUUAAUGAUUUUCGUUGGUGUCUAAUUGAAAAAAAGAAAAGAAACACAUUAAAUACAUCGAUAUUUCAUUAAAGAAAAAUAUUACGUAGAAAAAUCGUAAAUUAAAGUAUCGCUGCAGUUUUUAAUUCGGAAUAUACGGAAUCACAUCAAUCUACAUACAUUUGUUGUUAUCUCGAACGACAUUUUUCAGUGAUUUAACAUUAGAAAUGCCGAGUGAGAGAAAUAUAGGAAUCAAAUAAUUUUCUCUGAUUCUUUUCAGUAUAAUAUAGCGAAAGAGGCUCAGACUUAAAAUAUUAAAAUCGUAAAAUUAUAUAAUAUAUGAUUCGUAUAAUCGAUAACACUACAUAUACAGAUAUAAAAUUAAAAAAACAUCAAUUGACUUUUCUUGCCGUAAUUCUAGCGUUAAGAUACCGACGAACGUCGUUGACAGAGUACGAAAUACCCCUACAGGUCCGGCGAGAAAAUAAGGAUAAGAAAAAUUUCGUCGCGGUUCUUUCGCGAUUUACGAUUAUUUCCUAAAGCAGUGCCAAAUAUCAGUAUUAUGCGAUAACCCUGAAUCUCUCGAGUGUUUGCUUUUCUCUUACGUGAGUCUAAUAAUAGAGUACAUUUUUAAUGGGACAAGCGCCCGGAGAUAUUAUGCGAUAUAUAAAUCGUUUGUCCGUGCUGCGACGUUGGUAAAGCACCGACUUCUCCGACGGUUUUACUAGACUGAUAGGUGAGAUUUAAUUCAGGAAUUGUAAAUGAAACAUUAUCGGAAUUGAAUAAUUGUUAAACUGAUUAAUGUGCAUGUCCCAUCUUCGUCUACGAGUUCUCGCGCGUCACUUCGAUGGAAGAGGGCGAGAAACUCACGUCUAGUCUCAUUAUUAUUAUUCAACUUAGAUGGUAGAGCGUGGAUGUGUACGGGACUAAAAUCUGAAUUAAUUACUUUUAAAAAGAAAAAAAAAAAGAAGAGGAUUUAUGGAGCGAGGCCUUAGAGGAGUAGUCGUAUCCGCCCAAAGAUACUUUACUUAAAAAAAAAAACUAGUACUGUACUGUAUUCGAAUAUUUCACUACAUUAUAUUAACAUAAUAGGGGAUAGACAUUUAGUUUCAUAGUUUCCUCUCGGUAGAAACGCUAUUGUAUUCAGAUACUUAAGCAGAACUAAAAAAAUAAAAAAUUCCCUCGUCGAGUCCUUUAGUGGGUAGAGAAUCUCCGUGUGAGUGUACGUGUGACUAUUUAGCAAGGAAAAAAUGCAGCGAGUAUGACAAUUGCUGCCAAUUGCAGACGGAUCGCGUUAGGGCGAGGCUAUACUUCCACUUCGAUAGUUAGAGCGUGUCAUUGUCUUUGUUAGUAGUCGUGGUUAGUCGUUCCGAGGGGUUUGCCGCGCGGUUACGCGCGUUAACGCGCCAACGCCGAAACCGCGAUCGAUGAAAGUGUCCUGAAUGAUUGUGCACUAGUCACGCGCUAAUUUCCGCAAUUUAGCGUAACUCGCCGUCGUUUUCGCGCGAGCGAAAUAAUUAUGCCGGUCAUCUCAGCCGCGUCUCAGCCUACACAUUCUUUCCAUCGUCACUUUCGCGAAACGCACUUAAGCUCACUUGAAGCUAGCUUCUUCUUUCUCUCACUUUGCUCUCUUUAUCUACGUCGCGAAAGUAUUUUUCCUUCGUUGUCCGAUCGCUAAACUAGCUCUUACAAGUCGAGGCUGAAAAGCAAAGACGAAUCAUUCGGAAACGCGUUCAAGCAGACUUUAGCGUAAUCUGUGCUGCGAUUAAUUCAGGAAGUGAUCAAAAUACAAACAUAGGGGGCCAGUCUAGAGUCACCCGCGCCUAAAGAAAUCAAAGAUAGAUUUAUUAAAGAAUUAAUUUUUAAGCUCCGUAAUCCUUUGUAACGCGUGUGGGUUCUGCCGGUAAUUUGGUUCAGUAGGGCUCUGCUAUCUAUCUUUUUCGCUUCCGUUGCGUGUUCUGUUGUCACGAGCAUCUCGGGCAAGCCCAGUCAUCCUUCGAAGGAUCCCUUGUACAUACGUGUCUUCUACUAGAUACCUGAAAGGAACACUAUUGCACUGAAUUAAAGGUCGAGCCCUUUAUACUUCUUUGUGCGCCAACAAGAGCCUCUUAGACAUCACACGCACGGAAAGAUAAGAGCACAAUGCACUUGUCUCUCGUCGCCGUCUUUGUGAGAAAGUCUUCGCAUUUCUAUAUCGCACGAAAAACUUCCGAAACGGUCUCAAUGAUAGUUGCAACUGUAAUCCUGCGCGCGCGUUGCAGUGCGACAGUGGUGAAUGCAAUAAAAAAGCAUGUUUUAGAAUUA